AAAAAGGCCAUCGCAUUUACCUCGUACCACACAGCCAUUGACGCCUUCAACCCACCAGCAAAUAAUCAACAGUAUAUUUAUCUAACGAAGUACAAUCCUCAGAGCAAGAGCGAUUUCUAGACCCGUCAAUUAAGACUCAACAGCCCCGACCAAGUGUGGUGGGUGGGCUUCAGUCAUCAUGGAAUAUGUGAUCCGCUUCGCGCAAGUCCACGAGACUUUUCGACGACCGGAAAUCGAGGCUCUGGCCGCUCUGGCUGGGAUUGAUCUGGAGAUCGUAUACUAUGACCAGUUUUCACCAUACUGCGUAGUAAAAGUGCCAACUGAAGCAGAUGCGCGCACUUUGAUCGCGCGCAGUAUCUUAGCAAAGGAUAUCUUCGAACUCUGGGGCCAAGGCACCAACUAUGAGGAAGUGCAUGCCGACGUCCGCAGGCGGACACAGCACCGCUGGGAUGAGUUCAAGGGAGUUUCUUUCCGCUUCACUAUCGAUUCCUUCUGCGGGAAGCGCAAGAUGGAGGCCAAGCGAGCCAUCAUUCAGUCGUUCUCGUAUGUGGGAUUCGACGGCCCAAUCCGGAUGAAAAAUCCAGAUGAGGACUUUUGGGUCCUGGAAGACUUCGUUUCGGACAUUGAGAUCGCGACCAGAGCUCCCGGUGCAACACAUGCCUACAGUGAGGCCGUGGAUCCCAGGACGAUCUAUCUCGGUCGCUGGAUUGCUAACAGUAGUCGCGAUAUCGUCACUAAAUACGACUUGAAGAAGCGUCGGUAUAUUAGUACGACGUCUAUGGAUGCCGAGCUGAGUCUGGUCACGGCGAAUAUGGCCCAUGCUGCUCCCGGGAGACUGUUCUAUGACCCUUUUGUAGGGACGGGAAGCUUCUGUGUUGCGGCGGCGCAUUUUGGCGCCCUGACCUGUGGGUCGGAUAUUGAUCCCCGGAGUUUCAAGGGUAGGGAGAAGAAGGAGAAGGAGGCUAUGGGGUUGUUUACCAACUUUCAGCAAUAUGGCAUCGAGAGCAAGUUUAUGGAUGCGUUUACUUCGGACCUGACGAAUACACCGCUGCUGAACCGUCAGUUCUUGGAUGGUAUUGUCUGUGACCCUCCCUAUGGUGUUCGUGAAGGUCUUAGGGUUCUGGGAACUCGAGACGGCAGUGGUCGGGAAGAAGUUAUUAUCGAUGGUGUUCCAGCGCAUUAUCGACCUGGUUACAUUCCCCCUAAGAAACCUUACGGCUUCGAAGCAAUGCAGAACGAUAUCCUCGCCUUUGCGUCCAGGACUCUCGUCACUGAGGGCCGUCUGUGCAUGUGGAUGCCCACCUCCAUUGACGAGGAUGUGGAGCUACUUAUUCCCAUGCAUCCACACUUGGAAGUUGUCAGUGUUUCUGUGCAACCGUUCAAUCAAUGGUCCCGCCGAUUGAUCACCUACCGAAGGCUACCAGAAGGCCAGGUCUCAGACAUCUCAAAGGCACGACAGAAGGGUGAUUCAGAGGGAAUCAGCGCUGAUGACCUGAACGCGUUCAGGAGAAAGUACUUCACGAAAAACCCCAACAAGAAACCCGAGAAAGGAAGCCCUGCACCACAACAAAGCUGAUAUGAAAACGAAAUAAAAAAACACAAAGAAGCAUAUCCAUAGAAGAAUAAACAAAAAAUCAUACCAUUAAAGCUUCCCCUUCACUCUCCUAUCAUCAUCAUCAUCAGAAGGUACCUCACACUCCAAAUCCACACCCUCCUCCCUAAUCUUUAGAACCUCCCUCGCCAACUCUCCCCGUAACAAACCCGCCAACUCCUCUCCCUCAUCAUCAUCCAAUUCCUCUCGUUGCCCACGUCCAAACAUCACAAAGCUCGCCCUGGCAGCAUUAGACGCCGGAUUAGAGGACGGCCUAGGAAUGAUAUGAAAAUGGGCAUGAGGGACCUGUUGCGC